AUGGCGGACGAACAAAGCUCGUACAUACCUGGAUUGAUAUUUUCAUCAGUUGCAGCAUUGGCUACACGUGCAGUAACACACCCACUCGAUACAAUCAAGGUCCUAAUACAAUCCGAUUCGCUCAUACUGAGGACCCAGUCGUUCAGAUCGCUAUAUCGUGGAUUGCCCGUGUCGGCCUUCUUCUCAAUACCGGCUUUAUCGCUGUACUUGCACGCGUAUGACAGCUGUAAGACCGAAUUAGGGGAUUUGAUGGGGGAUGGUGGUAGUGAUAGUGUUUACGUGCAUGGAUCUAGUGCAGUUGUAGCUGAGGGUCUUUCAGCAGUGUUUUGGACACCAAUGGAAGUCUUAAAGAACCGUCAGCAGGUGUCAUCUCGUAAUUUACAGCAAGAAUCAAACAUUUUUCGAAUGGUGAAGGAGGUGUAUCACGGUGAAGGCAUUCGUGGAUUUUUCAAGGGAUAUCUUCUGAAUCUCGCAGUGUUUGUUCCCUACACUGUAACUUAUUUUGUUACCUACGAACAAUUGAAACUCGUUGCAUCGGGACGAACGAGGCUGCCCUUCUCUACAGCGCAAGAACCUGAAUCAGAAACUGUAGAGUUGAAUUUUGCAAGUUACGCCGCAUCCUCAGCAGCUGCUGGUGCCGUAGCUGGAGCCAUCUCCAACGUCUUGGACGUUGUAAAAACACGAGUCCAAAUUUCUCGUGUUGAUGGCGUGUCUGCCACAUCGGUGAUUCGAAACAUUUACGCAACGGAGGGACUUGCAGGUUUUGCUAGAGGAAUGACUGCUAGAAUAAUAUGGAUUACUCCAUCUGUCGUCAUAUCAAUGAGUGUCUACGAGGUCUUGAAAGAUUGGUGGCGAAAUCGUGAACAGUCACAGAAUGGCAUCUGA